GUUUCCUGUCCACUACCUCUCGCCAGAUCGCUGUUUUCUCCGUGUUACGGUCGCAAUAAUGAUUCAGCUAAUUACAAGUUAUGAUAAGUUGCAUUGUCCACUUGGGCAGAGACCGCUAAAAAUACCAUUUUUAGUCGUCAAAAUCCUCCCUGCGUGUCCAAUAAAAUACGAUUAGCAGCACAAAUAUUCGCAAAGUCCACGACGGAGAUUUUGUUUUCUUCUCACCUCUCUCUCUCUCUCUCUUCCCUGUGAUCAACGGGUGCGCUCUCCGAUCAAGUCAAGCAAAGCCGGCCGUGAAAGCUCAAGCCUGUCUCGCUCCUUUCCGUUUUUCUCCGAUACCAUUCCGGUGGUAUCUUUCUCCAGGUUUUGAAUCUAUCACUAUCUACCUCAGAAAGACGUAAAGAUUGAAGCUUUUAGUAUCUAAGCGCAUUUUUCCAACUUUUACGACUAUUUCCUCUGCUUUUCUUUUGUUGCCCAUCUUGAUUUAGCUUUCAUAAACAUUGUUUUUCUAACCCUGGAUCCUCCAUUUUCAAAAAGAUUUGAUUUUGAUCGGCUUCUCUUCGCAAAUUUACAUUGGUAUCAUUACUUCAAUAAAUUCUUCUUAAACAUGAUUUCUGAAAUCGAUUUAAAAGUCGCGCCUUUCAGCAUUAUCAAUGCUAUUGUGAAGCGAGCGGCUAGGGCGUAGGAGCUUUGAGAAGAUUUUGAUUUCAAGCCUUGGAAAGACUUGUAAACUGAGGAUGGGGAAGGCGUCACCUUUUCUCCUCCUUCUCGUGGGAUUAGGGUUCUUCAUCGCCUCCUACAAUCUCUUCACAACAGCAAUGCAGAACCAGGGAAGGGUUUCUACAGAUCAAUUGAUAGGUCGCUCAGCUCUUUCGCUUCCAACCGAUCCUCUGGUGGCGAUGCCCAAUGAGUUAAAGAAGGCGAGGGGGUCGAAGAGGCCAUUUCAUGUCGCUCUCACUGCGACUGAUGCGCCUUACAGUAAGUGGCAGUGCAGGAUAAUGUACUACUGGUUCAUGAAGGUGAAGGAUAUUGAGGGUUCAGAGAUGGGUGGUUUCACAAGAGUUUUGCAUUCAGGGAAACCAGAUAAUUUGAUGGAGGAGAUCCCUACUUUUGUUGUGGAUCCUCUUCCAGCUGGUAUGGAUAGGGGUUAUGUUGUAUUGAAUCGGCCUUGGGCAUUUGUGCAAUGGCUGCAAAAGGCAAAGAUUGAAGAAGAUUACAUACUAAUGGCAGAACCAGACCACAUAUUUGUGAAGCCCUUACCGAAUUUGUCUCGUGGAGAUUACCCGGCAGCAUUCCCAUUCUUCUAUAUUAAGCCAUCUGAAAAUGAGAAAAUACUAAGGAAGUUCUAUCCUGAAGACAAAGGUCCUGUGACAAAUAUUGAUCCCAUUGGCAAUUCUCCAGUUAUUAUAAAGAAGUCUCUGCUAGAAAAAAUUGCUCCUACUUGGAUGAAUGUCUCCCUUAAAAUGAAGGAGGAUCCUGAGGCAGAUAAAGUUUUCGGAUGGGUUCUUGAAAUGUAUGCUUAUGCUGUUGCCAGUGCAUUGCAUGGAGUUCAACAUAUUCUACAUAAGAAUUUUAUGAUUCAGGGUGAGCUGACUUAUGGAAAGAUUGGGGAAUGGCGGUUUGACAAAAGAUCGCACAUUCGAGGUCCUCCGCCGAGGAACCUUUCGUUGCCCCCAUCUGGAGUUCCUGAAAGUGUGGUCAGGCUGGUGAAAAUGGUGAACGAAGCUACUGCAAAUAUUCCUGGUUGGGAGCAAGGAAAAUAGAGUCAGAAAGCGAAUUAACAAUUUCUAAUUUGCAGAAAGCCUCUGAUUUGUGCUGGAACAGUAAUUUAGUUUUUAUUUAGUAGUGAAAUUUCAUUUAAAUGUUAAGUUCGGGGCAGCUUUGGCUUAUCUGGAAACGCAGACCGCGGGGCUUGAUCCGCAUCCCGCAUUUAGUGUAAAAAGUCGACUGUGUUUUUGGAUAAGCUGCUCAAACGUAAUUUUCAAACGGUAAGGCGGUGUUUUUAAAAUGCGGCCGUAGUGAUUAAACUGCCCCAAACUAAGCUUCAAUUGCUGUAAAGCAUAAAUAUAGUUGAGAAUAACGUUAUAACAAAGUUGGAGUUUGUUGAGAUGUAUAUUGGAAGUUAUAAAGAUGAGGGGGCCAUCGUGCAAAUGGUUUUCAUCUAUAUGGAAUACUGAGGUCAUUUUUGUAAUUUUUGAAC